GAGCCGGGGCUGCCGGUGGUACCGGGGCUGCCGGUCGUGCCGAGGCUGCCGGUCGUGCCGGUGGUACCGGCGGUGCCGGGGCUGCGGGGCCGUCGCCGCGCAAGGAUCCGGAUCCUCAGCUCAGCCCAAGGCGCAUUCCGGUGCUGGGAGCAGUGGCCACGGGCCGGUGAGGGCAGCCAUGAGGGACAUGCCCAGGUCUGGCUACCAGCGGAGCCUUGUCCAUCUCACCUGGAUGUGCCUGUUCUCCUCCAUGCCACAUGGUGGGGCCAGGGUGCUGGAGAAGACCUUCGAGGAGUGGAUGCGGUACCGUGAUGAGUGCUUGAGGAGGAUGGCGAGCGAGCCCUACCCAGCAGGGCUCUUCUGCAACCGGACCUUUGACAUGUACGCCUGCUGGCCCGAUGGGAGCCCUGGCACCUUUGUCAACAUCUCCUGCCCCUUCUACCUGCCCUGGUUCGAGAAAGUGAAGCACGGGCUGGUGAGCCGCCGGUGCGGUGCUGACGGGCAGUGGGUGACAGUGAACGGCAGCCAGCCCUGGCGGGACUACUCGCAGUGUGAGGAGGAGAUGGAGUCCACUGUCGAGGAGGAGGGUGCCCACCAGCUGAUGGUGAGCUUCAAGGUGCUCUACACCGUGGGGUACUCGCUGUCGCUCCUGACACUCAUCUCUGCCCUGCUCGUCCUCACUGUCUUCAGAAAGCUCCGCUGCACCAGGAACUACAUUCAUGCCAACCUCUUUGCCUCCUUCGGGCUGCGGGCGACCUCGGUGAUGGUGAAGGACGCACUGUUGGAGAAGCGCUGGGGCAUGGAGGUGUUGCAGGUGGCUGACUGGGAGGCUCUGCUGAGCCACGAGGCGGCACUGGGGUGCCGGGCGGCGCAGGUGCUGAUGCAGUACUGCAUCCUGGCCAACCACUACUGGUUCCUGGUGGAAGCCAUCUACCUCUACAAGCUGCUUAUUGGGGCCGUCUUCUCCGAGAAGAAUUACUACAGGCUCUACCUCUACCUGGGCUGGGGGACCCCCGUGGUGUUCGUGGUGCCCUGGAUGGCUGCCAAGUACCUGAAGGAGAACGUGGAGUGCUGGGCACUGAAUGAGAACAUGGCUUACUGGUGGAUCAUCCGCAUCCCCAUCUUGCUCGCCUCCCUGAUCAACCUGCUGAUCUUCAUGCGGAUCCUCAAGGUGAUCCUGGCCAAGCUCCGUGCCAACCAGAAGGGCUACGCAGACUACAAGCUGCGGCUGGCCAAAGCCACGCUCACCCUCAUCCCCCUCUUUGGGAUCCACGAGGUGGUCUUCAUCUUUGCCACCGACGAGCAAACCACGGGCAUCCUGCGCUACAUCAAGGUGUUCUUCACCCUCUUCCUCAACUCCUUCCAGGGCUUCCUGGUGGCCGUGCUGUACUGCUUCGCCAACAAGGAGGUGAAGUCAGAGAUGAAGAAGAAGUGGCAGCUCUGGAAGCUCGACCACCCGGAGCUCUGCUGUGCCCAGUGAUGCAGCAGCUGGCCCCGCAGAGCCAGGGAGAGGGGCUGCCGGCCACGGCGGGUGCAGGGGCCCGGCUGGAGAGUGAGGGGCUGGCCGGGAGCCGUGCUGCAGCAGCACCCACCCAGGAUGGCCAGGAUGGGACCGGUGUCGUGUCUGGGUUGUGCCGCACCCAAGAGCGCUGGAGCUGCUGGAGGGGAUCCCCCUGCUGCGGGCCGGGGGGGAGGCAGGCACCCUGGGCUCUCACCUGACAUCGCUGCCCCUAGGAAGAGCCUCACCCUGCUUGGGGUCGGUGAGCUGUGUGGGGAGACGUGCCUGCUGCCUUCCACGGCUGCCUGAGCUACCUGUACACCAUCAGCUACCUCUGCUGGCACCCACCAGACACACACGUGGAAACCCCCUUCCCAUCCGCACCAGCCUGGGCACCUGAGGAAGGGGAUCAUGGCGAGAGGGAGCCUGGCCAUCAGCAGGGGGCAAGCAGCAGGGAACGGGAGAUGCUGCUCAGCCAGGCGCUACUGCCCAGAUGAACACACACCUCCUGCUGCACCCUGGGCUGUGCCAGCACAGCUCCGAUCCAGGACAUUACCUCCUUGCCCUAAGCAAGGACCAUCUCACCAACACCCUGAGAGCUCCCAGACAUCCAUCCCAGCAUCAUCCUGCAAAGCUCUUCAUAGUGAGGUGCUGCUUCUGCACCUUCUCACCACAUUCUUCACUGGUGCAGAGCCUGGCAUUAGUACCUGCCUCCCUCCUCGCUCUCCAGCUGCAGAAGACACCAAGUUUCCUCCUCUCUGCAGCAGCAGAUCCUCCAGCCCCUCGCUCGCAGCGAGCAGCACCAAGGCAGCAGGCACGCAUGUAGCUUCCCACAGUGCUUGAGCACCUACUGCUGUGUUUACCCUACGUGGUAGGGGCAGCACCGCUUCUCCUUUGGCGGCAGGGGAAAAACAAGGAGAGUGAAGGACCUGAGAGCAUCAGCUCGCUGGGAGCUGAGCCCAACCUCCCCUCUCCCAGGCCCAGUCAGGUCCCUCUUUGUGGCUGGAAGAGCUGUGAACUCUGGGGCAGGAGCCAGGAAUCAUUUUGGCAGAGGGCUGGGUGUUUCUGGGCCCAGCCAUGGUUCAAGAUGUUUGUUUUCCAGUAGGGUGCCAACACAUCAGCUGCCCCCCCUCACCACGCAGCUGGACAAACACUAGGAAGGCCAGGAACUCCUACGCCUCUGCAAGCAAAGCACCUGAGCCUGCAUGAACACUUCCGUUCACACAUGGCUGGUGCAUCUGGUUUACAGCUUCUUUCCCAGUGCUCUCCUGCAAGAGCUGGGAGCAGCAGAUACCAUAGCCCCCUCGCUGUUACCUUCAGCAGCGAGGCAGAUGCUGCAGAGCCCACUGUCCCUACGCUGCGAUGCUUUACCUUGUGAAAGGGCCACCCAGGAAGCAGAAAGCAGCUCUUACUCUCCACCACAUGCAAGUGGACACAGGUGGUUCUCCACCUCCCUCUGCUUACCAGGAGCCUGGUGUAGUUGCAGCAUCUCAAGGAGGGUUGCCUUGAGCACGGAAAGACACUGUGCCAAGCUCAGCUGCAGCAGGGUUCAAGGCUGGAGUGUCAUACAGGAGUUUUCCUGGACUGAU